AUGGCGUGCUCGGAGAUCGACAGCGUUUGGCUCCUGUGCUUCCUCCGCGCUUGGGCCGAGCUUCCGCUCCUGGCGAAGGCAGAGGCCACGCCCACCGUGAGGGCGGGGUUGUGGGCGGCGAGCCUUGCUGAGACGCAGAGGGCUGCAGAGUUGCAGGAGAAGGUACGGCGCAACGCCGUCACUGAGAAGAUGUCGAAGAUCAGCGUGGGAGCAUGCUUGUUGGAGGCUUCCUUGCGCCGUGGCACCUUCGGCGACGCCAAGCGGCAGCUUCUGCAGAGGUGGCGUCGGGUGAACGCCCGCGCGUCCCUGGAGCUAUGCAAGAAGCACGAGGAGGACCAGCUGACGAGGAUGCAUGAGCUCGACGGGAAGGUGGAGCCCAUGCAGCGGGAGCUGGCGGCCAGCCGGAGCUUCUGCCAGCGCUACGUGUCUGGGCGCCUGCGCGCCUGGCGCCGCGGCUUCUGCCAGGAGGUGUUGUCACUUUGGGCAGCCCAGGCGCGGCUGGAGCGUCAAGCGCAGGCGGACCAGGUCAGGGGCCGUCUGCGGGAAGAGGCCCUUCGCCGCAUGGGGGCGUCUCUGGGCGCGCUGCUGGGCGCCAGUGCCGAACGCGUCGAGCAGUUCGUGCUUGAGGCCUGGCAUCACUUGGUGGACUCCAAGAAGCAUGUGUCAGCCAUCCAGGCGCUGCAGGCUGAAUGGCAUCGCGCCGAAGCCGAGAUCAACGAGACUUGUGCACGCAGCAAGCAGAAGGUGUCCCAAGCAAUCAUGGCCUGGCUUCAGGGCGGCGGCGGCGUCAACCUGCACGGGGUGCUGAAGGGUUGGGCCAUCGUGGUUGCCUCUGACAUGCAGAGGAAGCUGCUGCAGUUCCGCAAGGUCCAGGCGGAGGCGGAGAUCUUCCACCUCUGCUUGAAGACUGGGGAUUGGAUCGACUGCUUGGUGCUCCAUGCUGGGCUUUGGCUUUGGCGCAGAGGUGUCGCGGAGUCGAUCGCCCAGAAGCAGACGGAGGCCUUGCGGCGCUCCCGGGAGUACCAGGUGAGGCACCGGCGGUACUUGCAAGUCACCGAGCGGGUGAAAACCAAGGUGGGCGGCGAUGUGAGCAACUUGGCCUUCACUCAUGUCUGCCUGGGCGCCUGGUCGAUCAUCUCGGCCCUCUCCAAUGCCCGCCGGGUCAGCGAAUCUGCCUGCCGCCACGCGGUGGCGCGGCGCUCCCAUGCGCGCCAGGGGUUGGCCAAGACGCAGGAGCUUGCAGGGAGUCUGCUGUCGCUGUCCUUGCGCAGCAGCGGCGCGAACGGGAUCUCCGCCUUCCGCCUGGCGAAGCGUUGCUUCCCCGCGUGGCAUCGCCAGGCAGUCCUCUCGGCUGCAAAGCGGCAGCUGCUGCAUCGAGAGGCAGCCACGCUGCGGAUCGUGGAGGAGCUUCGCCUUGAGAGCACCUGCCAUCAACUGCGCUGGGCUGGCUGGGCAGUGCGGGCCAGGAUGCGGCACCUUGCCGAGCAGCUGCUGCAGGAGGUCUUGCUGCUUUGGCGCGACGCCGCGGCGGUGGGCUCCAACACCGGCGGCACGCGCACCCGGCGCCUCGCGGCGGCGCAGGUGUUUGACAAGAGCGGCCUGCAUCUCUUCUUCAGCGCUUGGAGGCGGCUCCAGCAGGAAGAGAAGGUCAUGACCAUGGAGGAAGCUGUGCGAAAGCUGGAGGGCCAGCUUGCACGCGCGGCCGGGGAGCAGAGCCUCUCCGUGCAUCAGCUCGAAAAGCGCCUCGCGUUCGAGAACCUGCAACUGGCCAAGUCGCCGGAGGCGCAGCCCGGCUUCGCCGACCGCCUCAGCGGGGUUCCCUAUGUCGAUAACACCCAGGGUGGGCCACAGACCAGCAACAAUCUGCGAACAGCGCUGGCGCAACUCUGCAACUCGGCGUGA